GGCUCUUAAAACCUAGAUAUUGCCGGCGGAUCCGGCGAAAACGGUAGUCUCGUGCCGCCACGCUCCUCGGGAACCAAGUAGAGCGUCGCGAAGCCCCCAGAUCGUAAGAAGUGGCAGCGGCUGCAACGCCGGAUUUCCCCCCCCACACACAACCAAGUAGACCCGCCUUGCAGUGGCGCGCAGCUCCUCUUCCGCGUCUACGCAGAACCCCACCGCAGCGUGCGUGAAACCACACCCCUUGCGCUUGGACCACGCCCCUACGGCUCCGCCUCUGCUGCCUGGAUCCCACCCCUCUGUCCGCGGGACCCCAACCCCAAUGAUUCUGCAGCAGUCCCUUGAGCGGGCCUCCCCAGGCCUCGCCCUGCGGGCCACCUCGGGGGUGACUCGGGGCCUGGACAUCAGGGAGCCCUUGCGCAAGCAGUUCCUGUCGGAGGAGAACGUGGCCACCCACUUCUCCCGACUCAGCCUACAUAAUGACCACCCUUACUGCAGCCCCCCCACGGCUUUCCCCCCUGCCCUGCCCCCACUCAGGGGCCCUUGCUCGGAGCUGCUUCUCUGGCGAUACCCUGGAAGCCUGAUCCCAGAGGCCCUCCGGCUGCUGAGGCUAGGGGAUACCCCUACCCCCCAUUUUGCCGCAUCCCCACCUGGGGACAUAAUGGAGCUCUGAGCAUUGGUGGACAGUGACUCUCCCCACCUUGCCUGCUACAAGACUGACAGGUUCUGCGAAGGCACAAGGUCCUUGCUUAUCCUCUUCUACAUCAGGCAUCUGGGUACCAGGACCUUCCCCUACCAGAGGACAAUGAGCUCAGUGGAAUCUUGGGAUAGGAGGGACGGCAUGGGAAGGGAGGUAUCCUCUCCAAAAAUAAAUAAAAACUGCCUAGCAAUUGAAGGCUACGUAGGAAGAUCCAGCCUGGAACCUGGGGCCUUUGAGGAGGGUGGGAUACUGGGUCCUGGGGUUUUUCAAGAUCUUCCCUGGAAAAUGGUCAGGGCUGGCCAGGUCCUGGCAGGCUGGGUUGCAGGCAUUGAGAAUGUGUGAGUCACAGCCUCACCCCCACCCCCGCAGCAGGCGACUGACUCACUCCCUCCUUCCAUCUCUGGGGAGUCAGGCUGAGGAUCACUCCAA